GCACUGUAUACUCGUACAGGUUAAUAUCGAAACAAGUAUUUAAAUAGUGUUCACUAAACUCUAGAUACGAUUAACGAAGAAAGUGGUUAGAAGCCGCAACAAUGAGCGACGAUCAAGCAAAUGAACUGGCUGAAACAGUUGAGCUGUCUUCAAAUGAUAUUGAGAAGCAAGAAGAAGCAAAAUUGAGAGCAAAAUUUCCAAAUACUGGACGUCCAAUUAGUGGGCACUCUGCCUUUUUGCAGAAAAGGCUAGCUAAAGGGCAAAAAUAUUUUGAUUCUGGGGAUUAUCAGAUGGCAAAACAAAAAUAUAUGGCAAAACCAAAGCCAGCUGGUGUUUUGCCAACAGGUGAUGCUAUACCUACACCUGAAACUGUACCACAACGAAAAACAUCUAUUAUUCAACAAAAAUUUAAUACAAGUACUUCAUAAAAUUUCAUAAUAUUCUUAAAGUAUUAAAACUCCAGUGAUAUAAUGUGGUUAUAAUUCAAUCUGAAUUUUAAACAAUCUCUAUUUUGUGGAUGGUAUUAUUUAAAAAAAUUCAAAUUUCGUAAUGCUUCUUUAAUGCUUGUCCAAUGAUCAAUGCAUUUGUGCAGAAAUCUCAAGACCACAAUAAUAUAUAUAAUUUAUAGUGUACUGUGUGCUAUAGAAGCAUUUCUUGAGAUUUGUACUCGAUAAACUUUUAGCACUUGAAAGAAUUGCAACAGUUUGUGACAAUAUAUUAUGUUUAUUAAAAGUGAGAAUAUUAGUAUUAAAUAAGAUACACAUAUAUCGUUUUGUUAUUUGAGUUAUUUUUUAGAAACAGCAAUAAAUUUGCACUUUAGAUUCACAAACAUGAAAGUAGAAUUUCAAAAUUUAUUAUAAGGAUAAAUAAUAAAAGUUAAAUAAUUAGGGAUAAUACAGGAUAAAAAUAUAAUUAAUAGCAAAGGAGGAUGACAUGAAUAUAACCACUUGUAUAUGCAAUAGAGUUUCAGGAUAAGACAUUAUACAGAUCUGCAUUUCCAAAGUUGCUGUGAUGCGCUUAGUAAGACUAUUUUCUUAUAAGAUAUCAGAUUGUCAUAAGAAUCUGUAUGUAGCAUAAAUCAAUUUUAAAUAUAGCAGUUGUUUUGGUUAUUGUAAACUAUAUUAGUAAUAUAUUGCAAUUUGAACAUA